AUGGCUUCCGGAUUUGGACAAUUUGUCGAAGUUGCCCAAAAUUAUGGGCCAACUGUGGCUGCUGGCAUCGUCCCUUUGACAAUCUUUGCAUUCCUCAGGCGAUUUGGUGUUUUGUACCAACUGUUCCACCGGGUUGAGGACCAUUCGACACGACAUGGAGGUGAGCUGGUGGCGGAUGUGCUCAAGGCUCAUGGUGUGAAGUUCGUCUUCACGUUGACUGGUGGUCACAUCUCGCCAAUCUUAGUUGCGUCGGAGAAACUUGGCAUCAGGAUUGUUGACACCAGACAUGAGGUCACGACAGUGUUUGCUGCAGACGCCGUUGCCAGACUUUCAGGGACGGUGGGUGUGGCCACGGUGACAGCCGGCCCAGGGUUGACCAACACUGUGACAGCCGUGAAGAAUGCUCAGAUGGCAGAGUCGCCCGUUUUACUGAUGGGGGGUGCUGCGGCUACACUACUUAAGGGACGAGGUGCGCUACAAGACAUUGAUCAGAUGUCGUUGUUUAAGCCACUAUGUAAAUACACUGCCACAAUAAACACGGUGCGAGAGAUUGUGCCAACAGUCCGAGAAGCGCUGAAACAGGCCCAGUCAGGGACACCAGGUCCUGUUUUCAUUGAGUUCCCCAUUGAUACGUUAUACCCGUAUAACACAGUCAAGAAGGAGCUGCUUGGCGUCAGUCAGGGGAAAAGUCUCGCUCAAAAGGUGGUCGGGAUGUACCUAAAGAAUCAUUUGAAUAACUUAUUUGCCGGUGCUUGGGAGGAGAGGGACGCAUCCCCGCUACCUGUUGACCGCCCAAUGGCGUCGUCUGCUCAAAUUCAGAGUGUUGCGGAGAUGCUAUCCCGUGCCAAGAAGCCGGUUAUACUACUAGGAAGCCAGGCCACGUUGCCACCAACACCUGUUGACGAUUUGAGGGCGGCUUUAGAGGCUAUGGGUGUGCCAUGUUUUCUGGGUGGAAUGUCUCGCGGCAUGCUCGGGAGGAACAGCCCCAUCCACAUCAGGCAGCAGCGACGGGAUGCCCUCAAGGAGGCUGAUCUGGUCAUUUUGGCUGGUACUGUGUGUGAUUUCCGCCUCGGCUAUGGUAAGGUGUUGAGCAGACGAUCAAAAGUUGUGGCUGUCAAUCGCGACAAAGUCCAGCUUUACAAGAACAGCGACAUGUUUUGGAAGCCCACACAGGCGAUCCAGGGUGACCCGGGUAAUUUCAUCGUCUCCCUUCAGGCGGCACUCAAAGGUUACACUUGCGACACCGAAUGGCCCAAGACGCUCAAAACGAGAGAUGACGAGAAGGAAGCCAAAAAUAGUGAUAAAGCAGAAGAGAAGACAGAAUUCCACUUGAAUCCAUUGAAGGUGCUUCACACGACUGAAGACAUCCUGGAUGAGAAUAGUAUCAUUGUGGCUGACGGUGGCGACUUCGUGGGGAGCGCUGCUUAUAUCCUAAGGCCGCGUGGACCGAUGAGGUGGCUCGACCCUGGUGCGUUCGGCACCCUGGGUGUUGGCGGUGGCUUUGCUCUCGGUGCCAAACUCUGCCGACCGGAAAGCAACGUGUGGAUCGUCUAUGGAGACGGCUCCCUCGGAUACAGUGUCGCCGAAUUCGACACAUUUACUCGACAUAAGACCCCUGUGAUAGCUCUGGUUGGCAAUGACGCCUGCUGGACUCAAAUCAGCCGAGAACAAGUGCCAAUGUUUGGCAGCAAUGUGGGAUGUGAGCUGGCUUUCACCGACUACCAUGUGGUUGCCGAGGGUUACGGCGGCAAAGGUUAUAAACUUGACCGCAGCAACGAGGAUCAGAUCCGGGAGAUUCUGCAGCAGGCGGUGAGGGACAGCAAGAAGGGGAAGAGCGUACUCAUCAAUACGCUCAUCGGGAAGACCAACUUCAGGGAUGGGAGCAUCUCGGUCUAGGCGUACAAGUACACUUUAUCUCAUAUGUUAGCAAUCUUUUCAUAUUGUGGCCUACUGGAAAUACUUGUCUACGGGCCUACAUGUAUAGUCUAUUUUCACGAGAAAAUGGCAUUCUGAAUUUUGUUAGUUUUGCUCAGAAAAUGCACCAUAAUGAACAAAAUAUUAUGUAUGAUCUGAAACUUCUAAGUCCAAAGUAUCUGUAAAUACUCACUUUGCAAGAAUCGGACAAAGUAUAUUACAGAGACUAAGUAGUUUGAAGCCAAGUACUGACUACUUCCUGGCUGUUCUACUAAACUUUUUUAGGUGCAGUGCCAUUUUUUCGUGACAUGGAGUAUACAAUGUGAGCUAAUUAAAGGGUAAAGCCGUUCGUGAUUACUGGUGGUCCUUGAUGCUGUUGUGUAGUUAUUAUGAAUACGAAUUUAAAGAAACAUUGUACUUGUAGUAUUUGAAUAUCUGUGUACACAACGGCAUUGUUGAAAUUCACAUUCAGUACAUACUUAUACAAUUUGAGAGUUUCAAAUUCAAAUAAAUAAUUCAAAUAUUUAACAGCGUUUGCCUUUAAGCUAAUUAAGUGCAUGCACCAUACCCACUUGUGUCUUAUACAGUUUUGAUUGUUUUAAUUGACUCGAUUGUGCAAUAAUUAAAUGUGCAGUUGAUUAUACCCAUGUAUGGGCCUAUAUCCAAGAAAUAGAUCACCGUUUGUGUGCAAGAUGUACUUGAUUUCAUAUACAAUUGGGUGUCGAUUUCUGUAAGGUUUUUGAUUUCAUGUUGAAGGCUAGCAGAAGGGUUUAAAAGAUCAAUCAGAAUCCAAGAUGGCAGUCAACUCCUGUAAUUUAUUCACUGGUUGGGAAAUUACCUAAAUUGGUUGGGACAUCCUGUAGUUUUUUUCAAUUUUGCAUAAGGUUUGGUGAAUCACUGUAGACUUGAGAACAGUAGUACUUAAGUUGGAUACGCCAUGACGGCACAAGGUCAAGGGAGGAGUGUCUCAGCAUUAUAAACAGACAGUUCAGUCAUUAUUUCAGCAACAACUCUAUUUAUAGAUUCUAGAAACACUAUUUAGUUUGUCUUUAUAUACAUUAAGAUCUUGUACAGAAAUACAUUCCAUGGGUGAUAUGAAUAAACACUAGUAAAUGCUUUUACUUCUAUUUUGUACAGAAAUGCCUAGUGUAAAUGUACGUGAAGUUUUAAGUAAAAGCAUUUCCUAGUCUUUAUUCAUAUCGCCCCAUGGUAAGGGGUGAAUUUUUUUCUUACUGUUGGAGAGGAUGGGAGGUGUCACGAUUUAAUUUCUUGACAAUUUAUUUGAUGUGACACGUGUUUUGUGUAUCGGGGGACAGAUUCGGGCUCUUGUGUCUGUACCCUAAUGAUAUUAGUUCAAGUUGUUAGCAUUCUUAUGCAGUCCCUGAACCUCCCUUCUGUUCAACAGUAGUGUAGGUUUGGUAUCUAGUUGAGUGGAUGCUGUUAAACAAAAUGACAUUUGAUGAAAGUCGUAUCUAUAUUUAUAUUGAUGUAUUGUUAAGAUAUCAUGAAAAUUCCUUGUGAGUAAAGAAAAAUU